AUGGAAGUCCGCUGCAUCGCGCUGUCGCUGUUGGAUCUGGGCGAUUCGAGCGUGGUGUGGGAUGUCGGUGCUGGGAGCGGUAGCGUGUCGAUCGAAGCUGGCAUGAUCGCCGAAAAGGGUUCGAUCUAUGCGAUUGAAAUGGACGCCGAAGACCAUGGUUUGAUCCGUCGCAACAUCGACGCAUUCGGCGUGAAAAACGUUCAAGCGGUGCUUGGGAAAGCUCCGGAUGCUUGGGCCGAACUGCCUGACCCCGAUUGUAUUUUCAUCGGCGGCACCGGGCGACAAGUUCGUGGUAUCUGCGAACAGGCUAUUACUCGUCUAAAGCCGGGCGGACGAAUCGUCUGUAACCUGAGCAGCAUCGAAAACCUGGCCGAAGUGCAUCAAUAUUUCGACGAAGAGAUGGAAUCGGCCAAAGUAACGAUGGUGAACAUCUCGCACGCGACCUACCAGCUGGAACGUCAUCGCUUCGAAGCCUCGAAUCCAACGUUCCUCGGGACCGGAGUUAGAGAGACCACAUUGACUGAUGAGUUAAAUGCGUCGACGGUGGAUGUCGAAAACGAGUACCCGCAGAUUGAUGUUUUGGCGGUUGGGGCUCAUCCGGAUGAUGUGGAAAUCGCUUGCGGGGGGACGCUCGCGAAGCUGGCCGACAUGGGGCAUACCGUUGGGAUUAUCGAUCUGACCAACGGCGAACCAACGCCUCGUUCGCCGGACCCGGAAACGCGUCUGGCGGAAGCGAUGGAGGCUGCAAAAACGCUGGGCGUGCAGAAGCGAAUUGUGCUCGACUUGCCGAACCGGAAGUUGUUCGACACUUUCGAGGCGCGUGUCGCGUUGGCGAAAGAGUUUCGCAAGUAUCGCCCGAAAGUGGUCAUCGGGUUUGGCGACCGUACGCCGAUGGCUUCGCCUGACCAUUGGCAGGCCAUGCAGAUUACCGACGCGGCCGUUUUCUAUUCGCGGCUGACGAAGUGGGACGAAACGUUCGAUCACUUGCCGGUCCACACAAUCGGUCGACAGUUGUACUACAAGAUAGCCUUCGAGCCGAUCAACAAGCUCGACGCGCCUGGCAGCUUCGUGCACGACAUCACCGAUUGUCUGGAGCGGAAGCUGGAGAGCAUUCGCU